AUGACAACGGCUGACCAACGUGCUGGUACGCGUGCGGCAGUGCAACCGUCGUCGUCGGCCGCCGGCUGCAGCGAAUCCGCGGCCGAGAUGAGCCGCAAGUACCAAACGGCAUUCCAGUCGUUCUCCAUCGAAUCACUGAUCGGCAGCGGCUGCAGCGAGACGCCUCCGCCCGCGGCCGACGCAAACAUUUCGCCGCCGCCGCCGCCGCCGCCGCCGCCGUACUACUUGGACGCGGCCGCCGCGCAGCUGCAGCAACGACCGGCGUCGCUGGAACCGUCGUCGCCCAUGUUGAACUUUGAUUAUCUGAGCGUGUUGCGGUUGCAGUCGGCCGCAGCAACAGCCGCCGCGGCCGCCGUCGGUAAAUCGUUUGGGCCGCGGUCGCUGUGGCCGUACUUGAGCGACGUGGUCGCGUUUCCCGGGGCCCCGCCGCCACUGCCGCCACCGCCGCCGCUGUGUUAUCACGAUUACCACCGGCGGCAAUUGCUACGCGACGUCGUCAACCGGACGACUUCUCCGCCGCCGCCGCCGCCGCCGCCGCCGUUUUUCGGACGAGACGCCGCCACCGACGACGACGCGGACUCGGGUGACCCCGCGAAUCGCGACUCGUCAAACGCCUGCACGUCGACUGUCGCCGAUGUGGGCCCCGACGCCGGUGGCGGCUAUGACGACAACGACGACGACGAUGACGACGAAGACGACGACAACGGCGGCGUCGGCGACGGCGGAUGUGCGAGAGACAGUGGCCGGGACGUUGACGACGACGAGGACGACGAAGACGACGUCGAUGACGACCCGCGGUUCGGAAAAUGCCUAAAUGAUAUAGGAAUUCUUCAAACAAGACAAAACUCAAUUGCGCAGUCUUUAAAUGAGAACAAGUCUCGCCGAAGAAGAACAGCAUUUACAAGUGGCCAGCUUUUAGAAUUGGAGCGGGAAUUCCAGGCUAAAAAAUACUUAAGCCUAACUGAAAGAUCUGAAAUUGCAAAUUCAUUAAAGCUUAGUGAAGUUCAGGUGAAGAUAUGGUUUCAAAACCGAAGAGCGAAAUGGAAACGGGUCAAGGCAAGCUUGUUAUCCGGGAACGCGUGCGGUAACGAUGGCCAAAAGAAUAAUGCCAGCGUGAACGCGAUGCGCGGCCGAUCGAAAUGUACAAACGGCGCCGUCGGCGGCGGGGCGGGAAAAAUCGUCGUGCCCAUACCGGUGCACGUCAAUCGGUUCGUGGUGCGGAGCCGACACCAACAGCUGGAGAAAUGUGCUUCAGGUUUUGCGCAUCUUCGGCGUGACAGUGACGCGGACUUCAAAAUCAAAAGCCGGCUGCAGUUGUACACGUCUGCCAUUCUAUAAUCUGGUGUUGACUACGGCCGCUGAGAUCAGCCUUUGAACAGAUAUAUUAUACUGCAGAGUACAUAAUAAAUUAUAGAUUAUAACAAAGCACGAACUUCGGAAAGAAACUAAAGAUAAAUAAUAAUAAUAAUAAUAAUAAAUAGGUACAAAUAUCGAUAUAAGAACAUACACCUAACCUAUACGUAUAAUGUUAUUACAAUGGCAGUGACAUUUCAGACGGUUUUUAAAUAGGUUAGUACUUGAUGCCUUUUUCAAACUUUGGCAUACUAAUAUAAUUUAAGAAAUAUUAUAAGUAGGUAAUCUACAUUGAUAUUUUAAAGUUUUGUA